GGAGAAUUAAUAUUUAUGGAAAUUAAUAAAGAAGCUUGCGAUAAAAACGAUAGAGAAUGGGGUUGUUACUCUGAUACUUACCAGGCUGUGCUAGAGAACACUACCAUUCAGAGCUCAAUGAUUUUAUAUAGCAUCACUAGAGCUAAGGACCACUCAAGAAUCUGAGAGGUGGCAGUUGGAUGCGGACUAGCAUCAAGGAUGUUUGUCUCAAAUAUUAUGAAGAAGAAUGCUGUAUACUUUGCUAGUGAUAUAGCUGAUGGGAUGAAUAAAAACUAUGCCGAAGGAUUCAAAAACUCAGACUGAGCUCUAAAUCCUAAAAUUAAGUAUGAAUGGAUAGAAGAUUCAGAAUCGGUGAAUGUCUCAGAACUCUGUGAGAAUGAAGAAAGGGAAAUAGAUAAAAAGGUUUUUCAUUUGAAGGCUAACAAUGAAGAACUUCCAUAUCCGGAUGAGUCCUUUGAUUGCUAUUUAUCCAGUCUUUCCCUCAAUCUUGUAGACAAUCACAUGAACCAGCUAAAUGAAUCUUAUAGAGUACUCAAGGAAGGGGGUACUGCAGGGUUCACCAUCCUGGGAAGGUAUGAAAAAUGAAAUUACAUCACUUUUAUUCCUGAUGUAGUAAAGAGUCUUGGUCAUGAAUUUGCUCCUACUACGAUAAAACACCCAGCUUAUCUAGGAGACAAAGAUGACUUAGAAAAGGAUAUGAAAAAGGUCGGAUUUCGUUCUGUCAAAACUUACUAUACCAAAAUCAAUAUUUUGUUCCAGAAUGAAAUGGAGUUAUUUAAGUUUAUGGCAAACUGCCCAGCUACUCGUCAUUGCCUAGACAAACUUACCGAAGAAGAGAUGGAAGAGUUUAUGGUAGAAUACAAAAAACAAUAUGAUGAGAAAUUUGGAUUUGCCACUUCAGAUCCUCUUGAAUGGGAGAUCCUUGUUGCAAUUGCAGUAAAAUAAAUGAUUCUUUCAAGAAUUAAUCGCAUAUAUUGAAACAAGAUUAAGAUAUUUUUAUUCUAAUCUUUCUGC